UUGGUUUUUUUCAGCCGUUUAUUGAUUUCGACAGAUGUAUUCGCCCGUGGUUUAGAUAUUCCACAGGUGUCACUUGUUGUAAAUUACGAUUUGCCGAAUAACCGUGAAUUGUAUAUUCAUCGGAUUGGACGGUCAGGUCGUUUUGGUCGCAAAGGUGUUGCCAUUAAUUUUGUUAAAUCUGAUGACAUUCGUAUUUUGCGUGAUAUCGAACAGUACUAUGCGACGCAAAUUGAUGAAAUGCCUAUGAACGGUGAGCCUUAUUAUGUCCAUUGUUUCAAGAUUAAUUUCAAAUGA